UGGCUGUAUAAAAAUUACCAACACGCCCUGACCCUAAUGUUUGCUGUAGAGGAGAUCAACAGGAACCCUAACCUGUUGCCCAAGCUUACCCUGGGAUUCCACCUCUACAACACCUACCACAGUGAUGAAAGGACCUUGGAGAGCUCCCCGUGGUGCCUGUUAGGGCAGGGCAAGCUCAUCCCUAACUACAGUUGCUGGGGGCAGCACAAGUCUGUGGCUCUUACUGGAGGAGCCACAUCAGCUCUGUCUGUCCAGAUGGAGACCCUGCUGGAGCUCUACAAUUAUCCACAGAUCACCUUUGGGCCAUUUGAUCCCAUGCUGAGUGACAAGGUGCAGUUUCCUUCUCUUUACCAAAUGGCCCCUAGGGACUCUUCCCUACAUAAAGGUGUGGUCAGAUUGACGACUCACUUUGAGUGGACAUGGGUAGCCCUGAUGACAGUAGAUGAUCUGAGAGGUGAGGAAUUCCUUCACAAAUUGACAUUGGAGAUGGCAAAUAAUGGUGUCUAUGUGUACUUCACAGAGAAGAUCCCUGUUAGUGAGAGAAGAUACACAGAAUCACACAUGGCAUUCAUGCCCAAGAUCAUGGCAUCACCAACCAGAGUGAUUUUCAUUCAUGGUGACACAGCUUCAUUAAUGAUCUUGAGAUAUUCACAAUUUCCUUUUCUUGCAAAUUACAAGGUGUGGGUCACCACUUCUCACUGGGACGUUACCAUGAGACCCAGAGAUAUUGAUGGAUAUAGUUUCCAUGGGGCACUUACAUUUUCACAUCUCACGAGUGAAGUUCCUGGUUUUAUGAAUUUUCUCAGGACACUGAACCCUGCUAAGUACUCAGAGGACAUUUUAUUGAAAGAAUUCUGGCUCUCAACAUUCAGAUGUACAGAUGACCCUGAAAACCUGAAACAAGAAGAAUGUUUAGCAAAUGCUUCCUUGGAGACUUUGCCUUUACUUUACUUUGACAUAACCAUAUCUGACUUGAGUUACACCAUCUACAAUGGUGUUUAUGCUGUGGCUUGGACCAGCCAUGAAAUGUUCCUGAUGAAAUUAGAAAAAGGAUCCAUGGUAGAAGAAGAAAGCUGGGUUCCUCAUCCGUGGCAACUCUACUCAUUUCUAAAGAAGAUCCAAUUUAACAACAGUGCAGGUGAUCAGGUGUUUAUGGAUGAGAACAGAAACCCUGAGGCUCAGUAUAAAAUCCUCAACAAUGUAAUGUUCAAUAAGGAUGCUGCAGCUCUACUGAAAGUUGGACAGUUUAACCCUAAGGCUCAGCCUGGUGAAGAUUUUACCAUCAAUGAGGAGGCCACAGUAUGGACCUAGACAUAUACCAAGGUUCCCUGUGCCACAUGCAGUGAGAGCUGUCAGCCUGGAUUCAGGCAAACCCCUCUGGAGAGAUAGCCCAUCUGCUGUUUCAACUGCUCCCUGUGCCCUGAGGGAGUGAUUUGUAAUCAGAUGACUAAUGAAAGCAAUAUGAAGCAUUGUGUGAAGUGCCCAGAAGAUGAGUAUUCCAAUAAGGAAAGAAAUCAAUGCCUCCCCAAGGGUAUGACUUACCUGGACAUUUCAGAACCUUUGGGGAUGACUCUGAUCUGUGUGGCUCUUUCCUUUUCUCUGAUGACAGCUCUGGUUCUCUGGGUAUUUGUGAAGUUUCAAGACACCCCCAUAGUGAAAGCCAACAACCAGGCUCUCAGCCCUACCCUCCUCAUUUUCCUCAUCUUCUGUUUCCUCUGCUCCUUACUCUUCAUUGGCCAUCCUACUUCAGUCACCUGUCUCCUCCAACAAACAACAUUUGGAGCUCUGUUUACCAUAGCCGUGUCCUCAACCUUGGCCAAAACCAUCAUGGUUGUUUUGGCGUUCAGGGUUACCAAACCAGGGAGCAGGGGCAGGAUAUGGUUGCAAUCCAGUGUGUCUAACUCUGUUGUCAUUAUCUGUUCUGGAAUUCAAGGGGUUCUCUGUGCCAUCUGGCUGGGAACCUCUACCCCCUUUCCUGACAUGGACCCACACUCUGAACCUGGCCACAUCAUCAUGAAGUGCAAUGAGGGCUCUCACUUUGCCUUCUGCUCUGUCCUGGUCUGCAUGGGAUUCCUUUCACUUUGUAGCUUCACAGUGGCCUUCCUGGCCAGGAGCAUGCCUGACACCUUCAAUGAAGCCAAGUUCAUCACAUUCAGCAUGUUAGUGUUCUGCAAUGUGUGGGUCUCCUUACUCCCCAAAUACCAGAGUACCAAGGGCAAGGCCAUGGUUACUGUGGAAAUCUUCUCCAUCCUAGCAUCUAGUGCUGGCUUACAGAGUGUGAUCCUGCUGAGGCCUGACAAAAACACCCAGGAAAAUAUCAAGAAUACAGUGAGCUCCACGGGCAGGAACCUUUCUGGAUCAUUGCCUACUAAUUCCUCCCAGAGGUAUAUUCAAUUUUAAGUAUAUUAAGCAUACCAAUAGAGUGGGGCCCUGGGAAAUUUCACCUCUUGUCUGCUGUCUAUGACCUUAGAAUUCUACGCCAUACCUUCUUCUAUUUAUGCCUGCCCUCAGAUGAGUUUUCUGACCAUUUCCAAGACAUGGAAACCACAACUUAUGAUGAAGUCAGCAUGGAACAAUGACACUGAUAUUUCUAAUUAACUAUCUCCUUUAACAGACAUCAUGCCUAUCACUGAUGUCCUUUCUAGACUACUAAUAAAAUGUUUUAGACACCUUCAUCCUCUUAUUUUGAUAAUAAUACUUAUAUUGAAGUGCCAGCUUUCAAAUACUAACCCCCUCAUCCAUAUCAUAUGUUUCCUUCCUCAUUGUCAUCUUCCUCAAUUCUCACAUCAAUAUCUACUCAAUAUUUGAUACCACAUUCCCUGCAUUCUUUGGAAUGCCUGCUGCAUAAAUUAUAAACUUUCUUUCAUCUUAAACUUCUAACUUCUCACUCCUUUACUGUUCUAACAUUCACUAAGACCUACUUCCUUGCAGAUGAACCUCAUUCCUUCAGCACACGUUCUAGUACAAUCUUCACUUUCUCUCAGGUUCAUCCCUCCCCCCAAAACCUAAUUAA